UGGACAUCCGAAGGAAGGUGGUGACACUUCUCCGGCCCAAGUGGGAAAAUCGGAUAUAUUGGCUUCUUCUUCUCCAAAAUAUUUCCAGCUUUCAGCACACUUCAAAUACAUUAAAAUUGCAGUCACAAUUUUUGAAUCUGCCUUUUUCUAUAAAUAUAUUUCCCUUCAUCCCAUCCCCCCCACCAACCCUAAAAAUGGAGGUGGCUAUUGCGGGGGCUGGUAUUACUGGGCUCGCGGCGGCGAUUUCUCUAAGACGAAGCGGGUAUGAAGUGAACUUGUACGAGAGAUCAUCGCUCAACCACGAGGUAGGAGCAGCUAUCAACGUCCCCCCAAAUGUCUCUCGAUUUCUAGUCCGAUGGGGAUUGGAUCCUGUUAAUUCCCGAUUCGUGAAAUCAAGAGGUCUUUUCUUCGUAUCACCGAUCACAUUGGAAGAACAAUCAUCUACUGUUUUUGACAAUCACGAAGAGUUAUAUGGAGGAAACAUAUAUUUUGCCCACAGGGUGGAUCUUCACGAGGCCCUUAAAAAGCUUGCGACGACGAAAGAUGGCCCUGGAAUACCUGCCACCAUUCAUGUGAAAUCACCCGUCGUCAGCUAUGUAGGUGAUCAUUGAAAUCGGUUUUUUUUGACUUGCUGACCUCACGUAUCAGGACCCCGAAGGGCCAUCUAUGUCACUUGCUGAUGGAACAUUGAUAACUGCUGAUCUCGUUAUUGCGGCAGAUGGAAUUCACUCUAUUGGUGUUAACUCUAUCUUGGGUCGGAGCAACCCACCAGAACCUGCCCAACAAUCAAAUUGUUGCUACCGAUUUCUAAUUUCGAAGGCAGAUCUAGAGGCAGACCCUGAAACUCGGUUUUUUACACAGGGUCUCCCGUCACUCGGCCUCACUAUAUAUCCAGAUAUUCCAGGACAGAGAAGAUUUAUUACCUAUCCGUGUCGCGAGUAUGUGCAUCGUCUCCUAUGUGCCCCGUCCCGCCCCCUUUUCAACGUAUAUACUACGUAGAAUCGAUUCCUACAGUUCCUGGCCCAUUCUUUGUGUUGAUCACAUGGACCAUUAAAUUAUGAUUUAUUCCCUUCCUUAGCAUUUAGUAUAGCAGCUAAAUGCCUCUUUAGCUAUGAAGUUUGCAAUUGUGCAAUUAUCUGUAACAAAGAGCUUGACAAAAAUAAAACAGAAGGUAUUCAUGUGUCCCUUCAUCUCCCAACCAUUGCACCAAAUACUAAUUCUAUUAUCUUGAAGAUUGGCAAGCCUCGGUUCCAAAAGAGGAGAUCUUGGAAGCGUUAGCGGGUUACCAUCCUGGCAUAAUUGCAGUUGCAAAGUGAGCUUUGUAUUUCGUAUUCAUGUCUCCAUUUUCCCUAGAAAUGUCAUUUAAGAUGCGACACUGACACCUUCUCAGGAAAGCGACUGAACAAGGGCGUUGGCCUCUUCUCUACAGACCCCCGAUUUCGAAAUGGCACAAAGGGAAUAUGGCUUUAGCAGGAGAUGCAGCUCACCCUAUGCUUCCAAGUAAUAAAUUCUCCCAGUAUCUUGUUCUUUCUAACUGUUCCCAGAUUUAGGUCAAGGUGGCGCACAGGGAAUCGAAGACGGGUUGGUUCUCGGGCUUGUCUUGCAUGGGUGCACUGCUAAGUCGAAGAUCUCAGAGCGUCUCGCUCUAUACGAGAAGAUCAGAAGAAAUCGCGCAGCAAGUAUUCAGGUGUUGAGUAAUUUUGGCUUGGAUGAGACGUCGACCACGGGCUUGGAAGAAUAUAUGGAAGGAGAGAAGAUUCCCAGUAUGUGGUUCGUUGCCUUCGAAUUCAUGAAUGAACUAACUUUGAACUUUGAUAGGUACUAUGGAAGAUAUCUUGCAAUUGACAUAUGGUGGUGAUAUGGUUGAGGGGGCUAUAAAAGCCAUGAGAGAACUUCAGCCUAGUUGGGAUUUGCCCAAUGCUUAUUUUGGAGAGGUGGCGGAUCCUGUGAUGGGGUGA